UGUGGGAUGUUAUUGUGGUCUGGUAAUAUGAGGAUAAGAUGUGGGAUGUUAUUGUGGUCUGGUAAUAUGAGGAUAAGAUGUGGGAUGUUAUUGUGGUCUGGUAAUAUGAGGAUAAGAUGUGGGAUGUUAUUGUGGUCUGGUAAUAUGAGGAUAAGAUGUGGGAUGUUAUUGUGGUCUGGUAAUAUGAGGAUAAGAUGUGGGAUGUUAUUGUGGUCUGGUAAUAUGAGGAUAAGAUGUGGGAUGUUAUUGUGGUCUGGUAAUAUGAGGAUAAGAUGUGGGAUGUUAUUGUGGUCUGGUAAUAUGAGGAUAAGAUGUUAGCCAAUAGGACUGUGACAACGCCAGUAGUGUGACAUUUUUCCCAUGGUCCUUUAUACCUGCUGUAUAUAAAAUAUUGUGUGCAAAAUGUAUGGGCUAGAUAUUUCAACUGUGUACGGCAAGGUGAAUGUCUGACUGAACAUGUUUAUGAGGCUGCUUUGACCCACAGCUCAAAGCUAGAGGACAGACCGCUGUUUAACGUGAGAGGCUCAGCCAUGUUAGGACUGUACGCCUGGCAUGUGUCACAACGCUGACCAGGAAACAAGCCACAUACAGGGGAACCAUACCUCCUAGACUGCUACAGAGCUUUUCCUCCCUGGUCUGCCACGCCCAUAGAGUGUUUACAGAAAGGCCACGUCCUCUAGAGCGUUAACAGAAAGGCCACGCCCAUAGAGUUAAUGAUUCCACCUCUUCCUUUUAAACGGAGGUGUGUGAGAGGAGUGUGAGAGGAGUGUGAGAGGUGUGUGUAUUUGAGCUGUGAGGUGCUGGUGAGACUCAUCCUCUGUUGUUCAGCAGUGUGCAACUCCUCCUCCUCAGCUGUGGUGUUGAUACUGAUACCACAAAGACAAUACCACAUACAGGGUUCUCCCAAGGAUCUUUUUUAACAAGGAGGUGCUACUGAGUACAGCGGGAUGGACAUUUCCUGCAAUCUAAAGAAAAUAAAUACUCCAUUAAGGUGUGGUGCUAGGCCUUAAAUGAUUACAAAUCAAAUUUUUAAAAAUGACAGUGUAGCUACCAGGUGGCGUAGUGGAACUCUUCCAUUCUUUGAGGAGAACCCUGACAGAAAGAUAUCGACUAGUCAUGGCGUCUGUUCGGUUGUCCAGGUCUCAGAGAUUCUUCACGAACUUAUCUCUGAUCCUCCUGGGUGGAUCCGUCUCUCUGCUCCUGUGGGCCGCUCUCAGACACCCGCCGGGCUCUGCCAGGAGUCGUCUCCCCGCUCUGGACCUCUUGCCCCUGGACUACGCUGCCGACCUGCCGGCCUGCACAGCCAUCAUCCAGGGAGACCUGGAGGGUCUGGAGAGGAAGCAGCUCAGCCUCCUGCUGAAGACUAUGAAGAAACAGCAGCUGCUGUCAGAGGCGUUCUACCACAACGUGACUCAGGACUGUCAGAGGUACGUUACAGAAAGAGAGUUCAUCACCGUUCCUCUCAGUCAGGAGGAGGAGGAGUUCCCCAUCGCCUACUCCAUGGUCAUCCACCACAAGAUUGAGAUGUUUGAGCGGCUCCUACGUGCCGUGUACACUCCUCAGAACGUGUACUGCGUCCACAUCGAUCAGAAGUCAUCCGAGGACUUCAGGACGGCAGUGAGGGCUAUCGUGUCCUGUCUGCCUAAUGUGUUUGUGGCCAGUAAGUUAGAGAGUGUGGUAUACGCCUCCUGGUCCAGAGUGCAGGCUGAUCUGAACUGUAUGGAGGAUCUCCUGAAGUCACCUGUCCAGUGGAGGUACCUGAUCAACACCUGUGGAACAGACUUCCCCAUUAAGACCAACGCUGAGAUGGUUCAGGCCCUCAAGCUGCAGAACGGGAGGAACAGCAUGGAGUCAGAGACCACCGACGACUAUAAAAACAGCAGAUGGCAGUUUCACCACAAAAUCACCAGCAACAUGGUGGUCAAGACGAACGUUAGGAAGAGCCCUCCUCCAAUCAGCACCCCCAUGUUCUCUGGCAACGCCUACUUCCUGGUGUCCAGGGCCUUCGUCCGUCACGUGAUGAAGUCUCAGGAGGUCCGGUUGCUGUUGGAGUGGGAGAAGGACACCUACAGUCCUGAUGAACAUCUGUGGGCCACUCUGCAGCGCAUGCCCUCUGUGCCAGGAUCUAACCCUCCCCACAUCAAGUACCAUGAAUCAGACAUGAACGCCAUCGCUCGCAUCGUGAAGUGGCGUUCCCUGGAAGGAGAUGUGAGGAACGGAGCCCCAUACCCACCCUGCUCGGGUGACUACAGGAGGUCCAUUUGUGUCUACGGUGCUGGAGAUCUCCGGUGGCUCCUAAAACAUCACCACCUCAUCGCUAACAAGUUUGACCCUGAGGUGGAUGAUGUGGCUAUCAGGUGUCUGGAGUCGUACCUGCGCUUCAAAGCUGCAUACCGUGUUUCACGAAGGACAGUGGAAUCUGACAGGAUCUUACAAAAACUAUGAAAUGUUAAGUUGUAAAUACGUUAAUGUGCAUUUAUUUAAAAUAUGUUUUGAAAUGUUGUAUAUUUCUGAUGGUGCUGUAAAGAGGGUUGUAAAUACAGUAAUGUAGGUUUUAUUUCAAAUAUACACUGAGUGUUUAAAACAUUAGGAACACCUCCCUAAUAUUGAGUUGCACCACCCCUUUUGUCCUCAGAACAGCCUCAA